GUCACGCGCAGUUCGCGGUCUACAAAGUGAGACUAGAGAGAAUUCGAUAAAUAUACACACUUGUCAAAUCGACUCGCAAUGGCCGGGAUUAAAGAUUAGUACUGCUAGCAUUUGCUGGUUCCAUUGGAAUGACAUUUGUCAUUCUUGGCUGUGCAUUACCGAUAUAUAAAGUAUGGUGGCCAUUUUUUGUUGUACUGUUCUAUAUAUUGGCACCUAUUCCAACUAUAAUAGCACGUCGCUACACAGAUGAUUCGGGAAGCAAUAGUAAUCCAUGUUUAGAGUUUGCAAUAUUUAUUACAAUGGGAUUUGUAGUAUCGUCCUUUGCUCUUCCAAUAGUAUUGGCGCGAUCUCCGGCAGACCAGCCAGUGAUAGAAUGGGGUGCUUGCUACCUGACAUUAGCGGGUAAUAUUGUUGUGUAUUCAACUCUAGUCGGAUUUUUCAUAACUUUCGAUCAGGAUGAUACUGAUUACAACAUGUGGUGAAGUACUACUGCAAUGUACUUAUUCAUCAUGAUAAAAGUGUUUUCUAUGAGAUUAGAAGGAAAAAAAUAUCAAUCAUACAGUGCACUGACUGAAAGCUACAUGUUGAUUCUAAAUUAUGAAACUUAUUGUACACAGUUUAUAUAAUAUAAACCCUAAUAUGGAUACUCUACUAUACUUGAUGCUACAAAAGAAAAUAGUAUUAUAGUGCACUAACAAUAGAAUGUGUUAAUGAAGAUACACCACAUUGGAUUCCACGCGUGUUACGGAGUAGCGAAAAAAAAAAUGCAUUUGAUGUCUUAGAUUUUUCGUAUGGGACUAUUCAGGAUAACCUGAAGCGCAACAAUGCAAGGAUAAUGUUGAAAAUAUUUUUUAUUUAAUCUAAGUCUUUCGUAAUAAUAAUGGUAAUAAAGCUACGAUUUAUUACUUUAAUCUUAUUUCUUCAAUCCUUGAAAAAACCGGUCAAGAAU